CAAGCAUCUAGAUCGCAUCUUCUAUAGAUACAAUACACUACACUACACAAUUCCGGCCUACUACAACACCAUGGAAAGCUCCCUCAAAGACCCAUUAGCAGAUACAUAUCACCCCGCGUCUGACUCGGCUUAUCUCGCACCCUGCCUGCCCGCUGUCGCCGCAGACGCAUCCACCCUAGCUGCAUCGCAACACGAAUAUCAACAACACCAAUUCCACUUUUCCAAUCCAACCUUCGAUCUCAGCCCCCACCAACAAGAAUACAAGCCCUUCGACGCCCAUAUCUUAACAGAAGGAGACCCAUUCACUCCCGCACCGCACCCCUCGAACUCUUCCCAAGUUCCACCGCCGCACUCCCACCUCCAUACCCAGUCCUUACCCCUCGACAUCCGCACCAUCAUCCACCCCCCCGACCUCGACCUCUGGCGCGCCCGCCUCUUUCACGUCGACGAGCUGAUCAUUCUCAGCGAAGAAGAAUUCCUAACCUACUUCCCUCACAUCGACAACGUGUACUCCCACCGCUCCACGCAGCACUACAAACGCAAGCCCCUCGUCUCGCACUACUGGGACUGUCGGCUCAAGGGCCGCCCGCCGGGAACGCCCAAGUCUACGGACCCGAACAAGAAGAAGCGGAAGCGCAUGGCCCGCGAGCGGGAUUUAUGCGACGUGAAGAUUAAAAUCACGGAGUAUCUUCCGGCUGGUAGUGGGUUGUCGGGGGGUCCCUCUGGGCUUCAGAAGGGGGUAGGGUCAGGGCAGGCGCAGGCGGGAGCUGGGGCGGUUGUUGGAGGUGCUGGUGAGGAUCGGUUUGAUGUUGGCGGAGAGGGGGAUGGGGUGGGGCGCGGAACGGUUGUCGUUGGUUCGGAACAACAUACAAAUCAGUUUGGGAUGUUGGCGCCGCCGGGUUUGGAUGUCUUGUUGCCGCAGGGGCAUCCGGGAUUGCGAGGCCAGCGGUUCUUUACGAUCCAAAGGGUCAAUGGGAAUGGGGCGAAUGGGAAGAAUGAUGGGGUUAGUGGGGGGCAUCGACAUACUUUGGAGGAGAGUGAUCGCGUCAAGAAGAAUAGUGUGCAGCGGUUCUUGUUGAAGGAGGCGAGGCAGGAGAGGAGGAAGAUGGUCUCGGUAAGUCUUUUGUCUGUUUAUGUCCCUUUUUAAGAUUUACUAUAUAGGUAUACAUUAACUACUACUGCCGGUAGGCGGUAGGUGGUUGACUGUUCAGGGGGGUUACGUCACAGCUGCGGCGGG